GGUCUUUUCGUGCGGAAUAGGAUUGAGGAUGUUGCGGUGGAAGUCAGUCUCCCACCACUCCACAUCAAAACAUCAGUACUGGAGCCGUCGUAUUAUAACGCCGUCGCGCUAAACGUCUUGAUGGCGAACGUCGCACUAAACGCCGUCACGUCCGAGCGUGUGGAUCAGGACUACUUCUUUCAUCCUUCACAGACGGAUGCGAUGCGCUCAUUCGUCACGAAUUUGAUGAAUGCCACGUUUUAUUGGACGGGGACGGAGCCGAGUGAUGUCGAGGCUUCGUUGAGGAUUGCGAAGCGAGCGUUGGAGAAGGGGAGGAGGAAGGGGUAUCCUGCCGAUGAUGUUGUGUUGUUGGAGAAGUCGGUUGGGGCGUUUGAGACUGCGUUGGGUGAUGAUGCGUGGCUGGCGUUUUGUGAGCGACAUGCGAUGGGAUAUGGGGUUGACUGGGAACGGAGGGAGAUGAAGGGUUCGUGGCCGCUUGUUGAUGAGCGGGAUAUCUUCUCGGGUGAGUCUUUGUUGGAGAUGCAGAAAUGGGCGUUUGAACAUGGAUGGGAUGAUGAGGAAAGGCAGUAUGCGAAGUUUUUGGAGGCAGGGGAGAAGAGGAUGGAAAGGUUACUGAAGGAAGCGGCGAAGAAGGAGAAAAAACCCGCACAGGCUUUAGGACAGCAGGUUUCGACUGCUGAUGCUGCCAAAGCUGGCGUUGUCAUCGAUGUUGACGAUAAUCUAACGAAGGAACCAACGUCUACUAGACCUCAGCUGGGUUCGUCCACAGUCCUCUCACCCGAAAGUCCGCUGAAAGGGACGAACUUGAUUGGCACCGCUUCAGCAAAGCUAUCCUACCUGCUCCAACAAGUCCUCAAACACAGCAAAGAUGAGAAAAUUAUCAUCUUUAGCGAGUAUGAUGAUGUGAUGUACUACAUCGGAGAAGCUCUCGAGAUCUUCGGCGUCAAACAUCUGAUCUAUGUCCCAUCUCUUGGUCCGCAGAAGAGGUCGCAGUAUAUCGUUACUUUUAAUUCUAGUCCGGAUUUCAGGGUGUUGAUCAUGAACCUCAAAUUGGCUGCGCAUGGGUUGAAUGUGUCUACGGCGAGUCGGGUGUUUUUUGUGCAUCCAGUUUGGCAGCCGAGUGUUGAGGCGCAAGCGAUUAAGCGUGCUCAUCGUAUUGGGCAAUCGCGGGAGGUAUUUGUCGAGACGCUCGUUCUUGGUGGGACUGUGGAGGAGGAAUUACUAAACCGUCGGAGGGGUAUGUCGACCAAUGAGCUUACGAAGACGAAGACGGCGUUUGACGACGGUAAGAUGAAAGCUAUUAUUUCUGCAACCAAGUUUGUUGCGAAUCCGUUGGGUGGUGAGGAACCGAAGUGGAGCGAUGCUUUCGGUAUGGCGGAGUUGGACACGGAGGUACCGCUAUUUGAGAUCGCGUAUCGCGCCCAGACGACCGAGGAUCCGGAUGCUGACCUAAUUGACAUUGAUAUGGAGACAGGUGAGGAGAGUAAUGUCGUAUCAAAGAUGAAUUCUCGAGCAGCGUCGGUGGUACCUGGUACAAGUCUGGCAAUUGAUGCUACUCUUGCGAAACCUUCAGCGAUGAAGAGGAAAGUCUCGAUGGAGGAUAGCGGAAUCGAUGCAGCGGAAGGUUCAUCAAGGGAAACGACUGUAGCGCCAGUGCUGAAAAAGAAAAAGAAGGUCGUCAUGUUUGGUUAAUUCUGGAUCGGUUCGGUUUAGGGAUAUGGAUUUCGGCGUUCA